AUGACAUCUACCAUCACUUCAUCAACCCGCGCAAACCUCGGUCCCUUAACAACCUCAUUCACAUACCCCGCCUCGUGCAGCAUUGCGGUUUUAGAGUGUCCGACAUGCUCCAGCGCAUGGCAGGCUCAAACAUGCAGCAACAACGGCAACAAUGGCCAGGGAAUUCAGGAUAAUUCAGAAUGCUGGCCGAAGGCCACGGCCCAAGAUGCGUUCACAGGCUUGGCUUUCAAUGGCGCCGGUUUCUAUUCGCCAGCGAUUUCGUGUCCGGCUGGCUAUUCCGCGGCGUGUUUAGCGACGUAUGGGGGUUCGUCGGGUGGUUUCACCUGUGGACAUACUUGGGAUGACACCGAAAGUGCGCAAACAUGCUACUCCCAAUACUCCACCGGCUCAUUCCCUGCCGUCUACUGCUCCUCGGGAACGAGCAAUGGGUUCUCUUACCAGCAAGUCCCCGCCACGGUCCUUGCUUCUACCUCGACUAAAUCCACUACAUCAACCUUUGGCAUGACCAUCUCAAAGAUCAAUGUCAACGCGCCGCUCUUUCAACUGGUUUUCCAGGCCUCUGAUCUUCCCGCUUCCGUGACUUCGACAACACACACGAUAGCCACAACUCGAUCUGGAGCUGCAGUAGCAUCUGCAACAACGUCAACGUUCGAUGGACAAGCACAUCCGACCCUGUCGACGGGAGCAAAGGCCGGUAUUGGUGUUGGAGUGGGUAUUGGAGGACUCGCUGUUAUCGGUGUUGCAGCUUUUUGGCUUUUGAGUCGGAAACGACGUCGACUGGCUGGGACCCAAGGCCGAUCAGUAAGAUCAUCAGAGCUUCCAGCGGAGCGGCCUAAGACGGAGCUUCAGGGUAGUAGUGUGGUCUCGGAGGCGGAAGGGUCCAGGACGGCGGCUGAACUUCCUUGA